AUGACAAUCCUUUCAACUGUCUGUACUAAAUUACUUUGUACGAAUGCACAUCUCGGCCGUCGGGUAGCUGCUCACCAUUUAAAAGUAUAUAUCCGUUGUUUCAGAAAUGGAAUUGCUAUUCUCGAUUCAGACAAGACACUGAUUUGUUUACGAAACGCUCUUGAUUUUGUAGGAUAUCUCAUUUGUCAAAAAAGCCGUUCCUUCUUUUUAAAGACGAAGAAUUUAUUUAUAUAUUCGAUAAUGGCAAAAAUGUGGAGCUGUAUCAAUGAUUCUCAAUGGAAGAUCGGGGCUUUUUUUACCAAUUCUUAUGCUAAUCCUAAGAAAUUCCGUUCAAGAAACAAUAAAAUCUAUUUUGGGUUGAACCGACAACCUGAUUGUGUGGUUAUUCUUCAUCCAGAUAGAAAGUCAUCGGUCAUACUGGAAGCUGAUCGAUCACAAAUACCGAUUGCAUACUUAGUGGAUUCCACGAUCCCGUCCCAUAAAAGAUUCACUUUUACCAUCCCAGCGAAUGAUCCUUUACGGCUGCUCGUAUAUCUAUUUCGUAAUUCGAUCACGAAAACUGUGAGGCAAAAAAGAACAGCAAUCAACGGGCCGAGAGCGGGAGCACGAGGAGCGAGUACCCUUCUGGGUAUUCGCACCUACUCUGCCGCCUCUCCUAAGUGGAAGAAGAAGUUUUUUCGCUUCAAAAAUUGGAUUGUCAUGAAUCGUAAAUUUUUUUUGAUGCUUCUGCUUCCUGCCUCGUGUUGGUUGCAAUGGUAUUUUUGCUUUUUUGAUCUCGCGGAACUCUUUCUGGCGCUCCGGAAGGCUCUCAUUGGCGCACUCGUAAUGUGGCUCAGUUUUCUAUUCCAGCUCCUAUGGGAGCAGAGUGCUACUCUGGGGAUGACCCAAGGAGAAAGUUGGGGUUCUUCCGAUAAACUGCCUUCAAAGGUGGGGGGGCAAAAACCGCUUCUAAUGGAAGCGGGGGAGGGAUCCACCCAAGAGGGGCGCAAAGGAAAGGCUCCUUUAGAUUUUGAAUUCGAAAUGGAGGUUCGGUCCGCCCCAGAUUUUAUAGAUCCGCCACUCAGCCCUACGGAGGGCGAACGGUUGAGCCCAACCACUGGCCCUUCGCCAGAAGGGGGUGAUCAUCCCCAUGACAACACGCCACCGGUGGCGGUGGAACCGGCCCCACUUCCUGAGACAAAUCCGACUCGGGGGGAGGGUUCCUUAAAAAGGCAUCCACAUCCAUAUGUAGAGGAUAUGGAUCAAAAGUUGGAGGAUUGCCGAAAAAAACGAAAAGCCCAAGAGUGGGGGGAUCUUAUUUCAGGAAUAGAAACCAAGGAGAAAAAGCGAGGCAUUGAGUCUCAAAUUAUAGAGGAAAACCACCGUUUUUAUAGUAUGUGUUGUGAACAUUUUAGGCAAAGAAUGCCCUUGAUGAUUUUACAAAAAGAAUCUGAUCGCGAGGAUAACAAGCGGGAAAAGCUUUUUUCCACUAUUUUGCGAAGCCAAGGAAAGGAGCAUUCUCUUGAAAACCUUUUGCAACUAAGGGAGGAUUUGAGGGACCCGGCGGCCUGUGAGGCACUCCGCCCCAUUUUUCGGGAGUUGAGUAAUAAACUAUAA